GAUUUACUCAACCUUGGGGUCCACCAGCUCUGCCCAGCUGGGCUGUGGGGGAGGACAGGGCGCUGUCUCCACUACCCCCAGACCCACACACGAACAUCUCUCCUGCUCCAGAAUGAAGAGUGCCAGGCUGAUGGGUGGCCUGCUCACCCUGGCUGGCCUGCUGCAGGUGGCCCUGUCCCUGAAAAUAGCAGCCUUCAACAUCCAGACUUUUGGGGAAAACAAGAUGUCCAAUGCCACCCUCUCCAACUACAUCGUGCAGAUCCUGAAUCGCUAUGACAUCGCCCUCAUCCAGGAGGUCAGAGACAGCUACUUGACAGCCGUGGGGAAGCUGCUGGACAUACUCAAUCAGGAUGAGCCAAACACUUAUCACUUUGUGGUCAGUGAGCCACUGGGACGCAGCAGCUACAAGGAGCGCUACCUCUUCGUAUUCAGACCUGACCAGGUGUCCCUGCUGGAGAGCUACCAGUACGACGACGGUUGCGAGCCCUGCGGGAACGACACCUUCAGCCGAGAGCCAGCCAUUGUCAAGUUCUUCUCCCCGUUCACCCAGGUCAAGGAGUUUGCCAUUGUUCCCCUGCAUGCUGCCCCAUCGGAUGCAGUGGCUGAGAUUGACUCUCUCUAUGAUGUCUACCUGGACGUCCAGCAGAAGUGGGACAUGGAGGACAUCAUGUUGAUGGGCGAUUUCAACGCUGGCUGCAGCUAUGUGACCCCUUCGCAAUGGCCAUCGAUCCGCCUGCGCACAAACCCAGCCUUCCAGUGGCUGAUUCCUGACACCGCCGACACCACCGUGAAAUCCACGCAUUGCGCCUACGACAGGAUUGUGGUGGCUGGAACUCUGCUCCAAAAUGCUGUCGUUUCUGACUCGGCUGCUCCCUUUGACUUCCAAGCUGCGUACGACCUGAGCGACCAGACCGCCGAAGCCAUCAGCGACCAUUACCCGGUGGAGGUGACGCUGAGGUGAGCAGGGUCCCUGGCUGGAGGCCUUUGCAGCUUACCUGUCACUGCUCCUGGGGACCUGCACAAAGAACUGACUGACAGAGACGGCUGAUCCUGUCAUCACAUUCAAGUGCUGGGAACAGAGUUCCCCGAGCACAGGGCAGCACUCUCUCCCCACUGUCCCCAGCCAACCACCACGGCAGCUGGAGAGUGAGGAACGCUUUUUCUCACUGUCCCUGUUUCCAUCCUGAGCAUGGGGUUGUGUCACUAGAGCACUCUACCUUCUCAGAGUCUGGACAAAAAGUCUAACACUUACAUUAAGAAAUAGCUUUUAAUUUAAGUAAAUAAAGCUCGAAAAGGGGUG